GCCCCGCCCCACAGCCAACCUCCCGGGCACCGUUGCCCGCCCGGGGCGCGCUACCGGCCCAGGCCCCGCCUCGCGAGCCCUCCUCCCCGGGUGCCUGCCCGCAGCCCGCCCGGCCCAGAGGGUGGGCGCGGGGCUGCCUCUACCGGCUGGCGGCGGUAACUCAGCGACCUUGGCCCGAAGGCUCUAGCAAGGACCCACCGACCCCAGCCGCGGCGGCGGCGGCGCGGACUUUGCCCGGUGUGUGGGGCGGAGCGGACUGCGUGUCCGCGGACGGGCAGCGAAGAUGUUAGCCUUCGCUGCCAGGACCGUGGUGAAGCCUCUGGGCUUCCUGAAGCCCUUCUCCUUGAUGAAGGCUUCCGGCCGCUUCAAGGCACACCAGGAUGCACUGCCACGGCUGCCCGUGCCCCCUCUCCAGCAGUCUCUGGACCACUACCUGAAGGCGCUGCAGCCCAUCGUGAGUGAGGAGGAGUGGGCCCACACCAAGCAGCUGGUGGAUGAGUUUCAGGCCUCAGGAGGUGUAGGGGAGCGCCUGCAGAAGGGGCUGGAGCGUCGGGCCAGGAAGACGGAGAACUGGCUGUCUGAGUGGUGGCUCAAGACCGCCUACCUCCAGUACCGCCAGCCUGUGGUCAUCUACUCAAGCCCAGGCGUGAUGCUUCCCAAGCAGGACUUCGUGGACCUGCAGGGUCAGCUCCGAUUUGCUGCCAAACUCAUUGAGGGUGUGUUGGAUUUCAAGGUCAUGAUUGACAACGAGACCCUGCCCGUGGAGUACCUGGGGGGGAAGCCACUGUGCAUGAACCAGUACUAUCAGAUCUUGUCCUCCUGCCGAGUGCCGGGCCCCAAGCAGGACACGGUCAGCAAUUUCAGCAAGACCAAGAAGCCUCCCACGCACAUCACCGUGGUACACAACUACCAGAUCAGAUCUUUGUGCAGCUGGAGAAGAUCUGGAACUCAUCCCUACAGACCAACAAGGAGCCUGUGGGCAUCCUCACCUCCAACCACCGCAACUCCUGGGCCAAGGCAUACAACACCCUCAUCAAAGGUGCCUCUUGGGGGCCGUGCUGGGGCUGCACACCCAGGCCUCUUCCCCUGUUGGGGACCAGCCUCAACUCCACCUGUAGGGUACCCGAAGUCUGCUGGCAACAAAGGAAUGAGAAGAGACAGGUUAAGAGUUCAUAAAGACAAGGUGAACCGGGAUUCCGUGCGCUCCAUCCAGAAGAGCAUCUUCACCGUGUGCCUAGAUGCACCCAUGCCCAGGGUCUCGGAAGACGUGUACCGCAGCCACGUGGCAGGCCAGAUGCUGCAUGGAGGCGGCAGCAGGCUCAACAGCGGCAACCGCUGGUUCGACAAGACGCUGCAGUUCAUCGUGGCAGAAGAUGGCUCCUGUGGGCUUGUGUACGAGCAUGCUGCAGCAGAGGGGCCCCCUAUUGUCACCCUUCUGGACUAUGUCAUCGAGUACACGAAGAAACCCGAGCUUGUGCGGUCUCCCAUGGUGCCCCUGCCCAUGCCCAAGAAGCUGCGGUUCAACAUCACCCCCGAGAUCAAGAGCGACAUCGAGAAGGCCAAGCAGAACCUCAGCAUCAUGAUCCAGGACCUGGAUAUCACCGUGAUGGUGUUCCACCAUUUUGGAAAAGACUUCCCCAAGUCUGAGAAGCUAAGCCCAGAUGCCUUCAUCCAGAUGGCUUUGCAGCUGGCCUACUACAGGAUCUACGGGCAGGCAUGUGCCACCUAUGAAAGUGCCUCCCUGCGCAUGUUUCACCUGGGCCGCACCGACACCAUCCGCUCGGCUUCCAUGGACUCACUCGCCUUUGUCAAGGCCAUGGAUGACUCCAGCGUCACGGAGCACCAGAAGGUGGAGCUGCUGCGGAAGGCCGUGCAGGCCCACCGAGGCUACACCGACCGGGCCAUCCGCGGGGAGGCCUUUGAUCGACACCUGCUGGGCCUGAAGCUGCAGGCCAUCGAGGACCUGGUGAGCAUGCCCGACAUCUUCAUGGACACCUCCUACGCCAUUGCCAUGCACUUCCACCUCUCCACCAGCCAGGUCCCUGCCAAGACAGACUGUGUCAUGUUCUUCGGGCCCGUGGUCCCUGACGGCUACGGUGUCUGCUAUAACCCCAUGGAGGCCCACAUCAACUUCUCCCUGUCGGCCUACAACAGCUGCGCGGAGACCAACGCCGCCCGCCUGGCACAUUACCUGGAGAAGGCGCUCCUGGACAUGCGUGCCCUGCUGCAGAGCCACCCCCGGGCCAAGCUCUGAGCCCCUAGGACUCAGGCCUGCCAAUGCCACAGCCAAGCCCACCCUGGGAUGGGCCACCCACCAGGGCUCAGCUCCUUGGUUCCCUCUUCCUUGGUUCCCUCUUCCCUGGUCCCCCCAAAUCUACUGAGCCACGGACCGCAUCCUCCAGGGGGCCUGCAGGCCCCAGCCAAGUGCCUUCCGUGGGUCAUCCCAGCACCUGCCAGGGCCCGACCUGGGGCUGAGUGCAGAGGCUGAGCAGGACGUUAGGCCCGGGCCCCUGGCACGUCCUCCACCGGUGCAUCCUCUGGGGAAGGGAACCAGCCCUCCAGAGCAGGAGACUGGCAAGAGCUCUUUGUCUCACCAGCUCAGCCCUGGCCACUCCCUGCCAACUCCAUGACCAGGCCACCAUCUGUACCCUGCUUCCCAAACUCCCAGGACCUGGAGACAGGAUUGUCUGGGGCCGAGGGGCCAGGGUGUGAGGUUUCACCUCCGCGGCGGCUGUGCUCCUGUGGAUAACAUUGCUAGCGAGCCGCCUCUGGUUCCACUCAGCUUGGUUCCUGACCCCGCCCUGCUGUAUGAUAUUAACGUGCAAGGUCAUCAAUAAAGGGGAAUUGUGUUGGUGAA